AUGAAUGAAGCAAAGUAUAGAAGUUGUGUAGGUGCAUUAGUAUUUAAUCAAGAUAAUCAGGUAUUAAUAUGCAGAAGGUCCUCAAAAAAGAAAACUUGUGUAGGAAAGUGGCAAUUCCCACAAGGUGGAGUUGAAGUUGAAAAGAAUGAGGAUUAUUACCAUGCAGUACUAAGAGAAAUCAAGGAAGAAAUAGGAUUGGAACCAUCAUUAGAAACUUUAAAAUAUGUCUCAAAACUUCAAAAUCCAAUAUCAUAUCUUUACAACCAAGAUGAACCAGUGCAAAGAAGUCAAGGCCACACAGGACAAAUGAUUCAUUGGUAUUUAUUUUAUCUUCCAAAAGACUUAAUUUCUCUUGUCAAUUUAAAUAACGAAUCACCACCAGAGUUUGAUCAAUGUAAAUGGACAAGUUUCGAUGAGUUUUUAAAAGAUAACGAUAUGAUGGUACCAUUCAAAAGAGAAAUGUUUAAUACUCUAUUUUUCGAAACCCAACCAAUAUAA